AUGAAGAUUCUCGUCGCCGUUAAGCGUGUCGUCGACUACGCAGUCAAGAUCCGUGUCAAACCCGACAAGACUGGAGUCGAUACCCAGAAUGUGAAGAUGUCGAUGAAUCCAUUCUGCGAGAUCGCGCUCGAGGAAGCGCUUCGAAUCAAAGAAGCUGGUUUCGCCAAAGAAGUCGUCGCAGUGAGUAUCGGGCCUGCACAAUGCGUUGACACGCUUCGAACUGGUCUAGCCAUGGGUGCGGAUCGAGGAAUCCAUAUCGAGACCAAUUCCAGUUUCCUCCCUCUUACGAUUGCUAAGAUCUUGAAGAGUCUCGCUGAAGUCGAGAAUCCUGGAUUGAUUUUCCUCGGGAAACAGGCAAUAGAUGAUGACUGCAAUCAAACAGGACAAAUGGUUGCAGCUUUGCUUGGUUGGCCACAAGCAACCUUUGCAUCAAAGGUUGUGUUAGAUAAAGAUAAGCAUUUUGCAACCGUGGAUAGAGAAGUGGAUGGAGGUCUUGAGACCGUAAGUGUAGACUUACCUGCUGUGAUAACGUAA